CAGUCGGGAAGCGAAAAGAAGACGAGCACACGUUUUAGUCGUUUAGGAAAACACACAGUGACAGGAGGCAUCCUGGCGUUUGCGUGUUUAGACGGCACUUACCUUCCGAAGCAGGAAAAUGAGUUUGUCCACAAAAUCGUGGAGGACUUGGAAAACUUUCUACAGGAAAACGACGAGAAAAGCGUGUUGCUUUUUCCUCCGCUCCCCAGCCGUCUUCGCUACCUGAUACACAGAGCUGCAGAGAACUACGAAUCUUUAAGCACCUUUUCUGUCGGGGAGGGAUGGAGUCGACGCUCUGCGGUCUGCCACUCUGAACUCAGGUUGCCCACUGAAGAUGACACUGAAGAACAAACCAACUUAAACCACAAGCACAGGGAGGCCAGGGAGAUGCAACGCUUCAGCAACAGCAAGCCGCCAGAGAAAAGAAACUCAAGGGGCUGGACCAACAAGCGGCCCGAUAAAGCCAUCUACGUUCCCAAGGCGCUGCGACAGAAGGUGGAGAAGGAAAGCGACGGAAUCGCGGACGACAGAAACAAAAUGGAUAAGCCCCAGUUCGACACCUCCGAGAACAGCCCGAGCACCUCCGAGGAUUCCUUCACGUCGGGACUGUCCGCGGAAACGGACGGGGAAUCUUCGACGUGGAUCAAGGACUUUCCGAACAGCAGCGACUCCAAUCAAGACACGGUGUCGGACAGCACGGACCAGUCAGUCAGCGAGCAGGAGACCGCAGUGCCCGCUCACAGCAAUAGCAGCUGGAUGAAAAAGUACGGACAGACGGCUGAUUACUUCAUUGCCAUGUCUUUAGAUGAUAAACAGGAAGACCACGACAGGAGAGCAGAUACAGCCUCGAAGCAUGCAGAGGACAGCGAGGACGAUUACGAAGGCUAUUUUCUUAAAGAGAUCACAGCUUAUCUGAAAGAAGCAGACGAAGUCUCCAUUGAGCAUGCCCAGUGUGACUACUCUUGCUAUGGAAACCCAAGGAUUGAGCCAACGGAAUUUGGCCACGUUAUUGAAAUAUAUGACUUUCCAGCAGUAUUGAAAACCGAAGAUAUCCUGGACGCGUUUGCAGAUUUCAGUGAAGGAGGAUUAAAAAUUAUGUGGGUGGACAACACUCAUGCCAUGGGAGUAUUUUCAAGUGAAACAGCAGCAUCGCAGGCUCUCACCAUACAACACCCCCUGCUGAAGGCACGCUGUUUAUCCAAAGCAACCAAGCAAUCCAAAGGAAAAGCAUUAAGACGUGCAGAGUUCAUGCAGCCAGUGAAGCUGAGGCCGCGCACGGAUACAGUGGUGGCAAAAAGAAUGGUAACCAGAGCGCUGGGCUUGCAGAAAAGAGGCAACCGAAGACAGAUGUUCUGAGACUUCAAGAGACAUAGAAACCUGCAGUAAAGAACCAGGGAAGCAAAUGCAAGAGGAGACACCACUGGCACGCGUGAAAUAGACCAUUUCAAGUUCACGUAUGUCGUUUUUACUUUGGACAUACCAACACCAGUUGCCAGGAGUGGGCGCAAUAAAUAACGUUUCUUUAAAACUGCAUGAAGAAAUCCAUCAAGUGAAACCAAAGUGGAGCAAAAGGCUGCAAAAUCCAUGCCCAAGUCUGGUUUCAGAUUGUUUGAGUGAGGCGUAUUGAAGGGGUGCUUUUUAAAAUGCAGUCAUUACUAUUGUAACUAGUUUGUUAUUUAUUCAUACCCUUGAUUUACAGGGUAUUCUACAAGCAUCAACAAAGGGAUGAUGCAUCUACAAGUUUGCAUCUCUAUUUAAAGUACUGAUACCUAUGGUGAAGAAUUUAGGGACACAUUUAUUAGCCGUUUUGCAAAACCUGUGCACCAUUUGUUUCUCAAAAGAAAAAUAAUAAUUUAAAGAGAAAUUUGGUCUGUACUGUCUUAUACUAGCUGUUUCAACAAAUUAAUGAAGACAGUAAAAUCAAAGUCUUUUCAACUAAUAAUACAUUUACCAAAGCGUCUUGCAAACGAAGAAGUUGAACAUGCGGUAGAUCCGUUUUUGUGUGUGUGUGUGUGUGCAGUGGACCAUGGACUCAGGACAAACUGUUAACCUAAAUACUGUGAAUACAACCAGUGACAACUACUGUAGCAUCAAAUGCACUGUGUAAGUAGGCAGUAACAUGAUUGGAUUCAACAAAAAGUUUAACAGGUUAUUAGGGAGGGUGUAUUGAUUACAACACAUAUUGCAAAAGAAUUCUAUCGGUGAAUAGAUUAGUGAGAACAGCAUGCAAGAAUAAUGUUAUCUACAUGCGAGUUCAAGCCUAACCUGUUUCUUACUGUGCAGUUCUUACAGUAUGUCACUGACUGUCUCCAGUAUUAUUCUAGCCAUCUAGGUAACAAACAUAAAUGUGUUUUUGCUACAAAAUAAUGAUUACAGUAAUGCCAUCAAUAGUCCUAGCUUUUAAUGAAUGGAGAAACAAUUUAUUUAUUGCCAGCUGAAUAAAAUACAUGGCUUAGGUUUUAACAAAUCGUUUUACUUUUAUAAAAAAAAUAAAAAAAAUCUACCAUACUUGUAUUGUAGAUGUAAUCAUUUCAAUUAGCGCAAUUUACAAACUAGCUACAGACAGCUGUGUAAUUAUUUCGGGUAGUCUUUAACUACGCUGGGCUGUUUCAAAAUAGCACAUGGUUUGUAGACGUCACUGCAAAACAGUAUUUCUGAUCCGGGUAGACUUUGAUUAAAUAAAGAUUUGGGCUAAAUGCAUCAAAAAAGCAUCUCCAUGUGAAAAAUAUUUGGCACAUUUGCCACUUUCCUGGCUCCACUGCAGAUUACCAGGGAUAAAACAGGAUCCUCAAUAAGAAACAGGACAUGUUUUUAAUACUUGUGUGUUUUAAAUACCAUGUGAAACGAGAUGGUGUAGGUUCAUCGAACCCCUGAUAACAUCUGGCUGGGUUGUAUGCACUAUAUUCUGUAUUGUUUUUAUUGUCUCCAUUUAUAUUAUGGUAAUUUUAAGUAGAAUUGUUCAGCCUUGUGUAGAACACUCUUAAUGGAUACUGAACUCAAAAGCGUAGGGUGUGUUGUUUUUAUAUUGGUUGUGUUUCAUCUGUUGAGAUGGGAUUUUUGUGUAUAAAUACAUUCCCAAUGCUACUCC